CAUUUGAUAGAAUAGAAGAAGUAUUACAGAAAUGACUUUGAUGGAUUUUAGUACUGAAAAAAGCUUGAAAUUGAGUUCGGAGUAGUAGAAAUGUUCUGUUUUUGCUAAUAUUAGAGGGUAAACAACCACAUCACGUGUGCAAUACACAUCAGCUGGUGGGUUUAAUGUGUGCUGCUGAAUGCACUGAUAUUAUUUAUACAAUUAUUACAAUAUUGAAUAACAGUAACUUUUCUAUUUUUUGGUGUGCAUAAAAAUAAUUUUUGAAUAAAAAAUCAAAAUGAAAUUCAUCUGUAAAGCCUACAAAUGUAAUUAAUAAGUAGCAGAAAUGUUAGUUUAGUGCCAGGUUGCCUACAUUGAUUAUUCUGGAUCCUAUUUUGAAAUUGGAAUGGUUUGAAUUUUGUGUGAAAUUGGCCAUAUUACCACUUUCCAAUCACUUUAUUGGGAAGUUGAAAUAGUUGAAUUGGGCAAUUUUAUGUGCUUAAUAGAUAAUAUAGAACACAUACUAGUGAAACAGCUAAGAAUUUGGUCUUAUGGAACUAUGUAAUUGGCGAAAAACAUGACUCAAAAUGGGCAAAAUUGCCAAUACAUAAAUAUUUCUGACACAGCAAAAUUUACAAGAGUAUAACUUCAUCAUUUCUUUAUAAAAUUAUUUUAUUUUAUUACAUUCAGAAAAAGAUUAUGAUUUCCUAAGAAAAAAUAAUGUUUUUUAAAAAAGACCCUGUGUGGAAUUUUCAGACUGGGGAUUUGAACCCUCAAAGGGCCAAUAAAAGAAUACAGAGAAAUUUGUUUAAACACAAAAGCAGAUAAUAAUAGUAAUAAUAAUAAUAAUAAUAAUAAUAAUAAUAAUAAUAAUAAUAAUAAUAAUAAUAAUGUUGAGUGUGUCUGCAGUGUUCUAGUUCAUAUAUUAAUGUUUUAACGCAAAAUAAAAAUUAUGAUAGUGUUUUAACAAACAAUGUGAACUUUAUUAGUGCUCUUAAGUAGAAAAAGUUUUGCCUAAAUAAAUCUUAACAUGGGAAUAUGUUCAUAAGGAAAACCAUGUGUUCAGUGUCCAAAAUAUUUUAAAAAAUCAUGAAAUAGAGAUGUGAGUAUAUAAGGAAGAUUAACUAUACCACUGUUGUAUGACUAAAAUAUUUUAAAUGAAAUACUUUCAUUUAAAAAAAUAUGGAAAAACAUAAAGAACACAAAUCAUAUCAAUGUUCUGAGUGUCUGAAAUGUUUUAGUAAAAAUUAUUUUGUGAAACAUAUGAGAGUACAUACAGGAGAUAAACCAUAUCAAUGUUCUGAGUGUCUGAAAUGUUUUAGUGAUAAAAGUAAUCUUGAGAAACAUGUGAGAGUACAUACAGGAGAUAAACCAUAUCAAUGUUCUGAGUGUCUGAAAUGUUUUAGGGAUAAAAGUAAUCUUGAGAAACAUGUGAGAGUACAUACUGGAGAUAAACCAUAUCAAUGUGUUGAGUGUCUGAAAUGUUUUAUUGUAAAAGGCAGUCUUGUGACACACAUGAGAGUACAUAUAGGAGAUAAACCAUAUCAAUGUUCUGAGUGUCUGAAAUGUUUUAGUGAAAAAAGCACUCUUGUGAAACAUAUGAGAGUUCAUACAGGAGAUAAAUCAUAUCAAUGUUCUGAGUGUCUGAAAUGUUUUAAUCAAAAAGGCAAUCUUGUGACCCAUAUGAGAGUACAUACAGGAGAUAAACCAUAUCAAUGUGUUGAGUGUCUGAAAUGUUUUAUUGCAAAAGGCAGUCUUGUGACACACAUGAGAGUACAUACAGGAGAUAAACCAUAUCAAUGUUCUGAGUGUCCGAAAUGUUUUAGUGUAAAAAGCACUCUUGUGAAACAUAUGAGAGUACAUACAGGACAUAAAUCAUAUCAAUGUUCUGAGUGUCUAAAAUGUUUCAGUGUAAAAGGCAGUCUUGUGACACACAUGAGAGUACAUACAGGAGAUAAACCAUAUCAAUGUUCUGAGUGUCUGAAAUGUUUUAAUCAAAAAGGCAAUCUUGUGACCCAUAUGAGAGUACAUACAGGAGAUAAACCAUAUCAAUGUUCUGAGUGUCUGAAAUAUUUUAGUGAAAAAAGCGCUCUUGUGAAACAUAUGAGAGUUCAUACAGGAGAUAAACCAUAUCAAUGUUCUGAGUGUCUAAAAUGUUUUAGUGUAAAAGGCAGUCUUGUGAGACACAUGAGAGUACAUACAGGAGAUAAACCAUAUCAAUGUUGUGAGUGUCUGAAAUGUUUUAGUGUAAAAGGCAGUCUUGUGACACACAUGAGAGUACAUACCGGAGAUAAAGCAUAUCAAUGUUCUGAGUGUCUAAAAUGUUUCAGUGUAAAAGGCAGUCUUGUGAGACACAUGAGAGUACAUACAGGAGAUAAAUCAUAUUAAUGUUCUGAGUGUCUGAAAUGUUUUAAUAAAGAAAGCAGUCUUGUGACACCUAUGAGAGUACAUACAGGAGAUAAAUCAUAUUAAUGUUCUGAGUGUCUGAAAUGUUUUAAUAAAGAAAGCAGUCUUGUGACACCUAUGAGAGUAUAUACAGGAGAUAAAUCAUAUCAGUGUUCUGAGUGUCUGAAAUGUUUUAAUCAAAAAAACCAUCUUGUGAAACAUACACAAGUUCAUUCAAGAGAUAAAGCAUGUUUGUGUUUAAUGUUUCAGGAAUAUUUUAGUUACAAACUCAUCAGAAUACAGUGGACCCUCAACCAGCGAUAUUAAUCUAUUCCUGAGAGCUCAUCGUUAAUUGAAAUAAUCGUUAGUCAAGUUAAUUUUCCCAAUAAGAAAUAAUGGAAAUCAAAUUAAUCCAUGCAAGACACCCCAAAGUAUUGAGAAAAAAAAAUUUACGACAUGAAAUAUUAAUUUUAAUACACACAAACUGAAGAAGACAUGCACAGUUACAUGACACUUACCUUUAUUGAAGAUCUGGUGAUGAUUGGUGGAAUGGGAAGAGAGGAGAGUGUUGAUCUUCUUAGUGUUUAGAAGGGGAAUCCCCUUCCAUUAGCACUUGAGGUAGCAAGUCUUUUUCUGGGGUUACUUCCCUUGUUCUUUUAAUGCCACUAGGACCAGCUUCAGAGUCACUGGACUUCUGUCGCACAACAUAUCUGUCCAUAGAUACCUGUACCUCUCAUUCCUUUAUGACUUUCCUAAAGUGGUUCACAACAUUGUAACCAGUCAUAGAGAAAGUCCCUAGUGACCCAUGCCUUACUGUUUGCCCUCCACAGCACACACAAAUUAGCCUUGACAACAUUGUUUUUCCUGAACACUCUGGGAGUUUCAUAGUGAUACACCAAUAAAGGUUUCACUUUGCAAUCACCACUAGCAUUGGCACACAUCAACAGAGUAAGCCUGUCUUUCAUAGGCUUAUGUCCUGGGAGUGCCUUUUCCUCCGGAGUAAUGUACAUCCUGCUUGGCAUUUUCUUCCAAAACAGGCCUGUUUUGCCACAAUUAAACACUUGUUCAGGUUUCAGUCUUUCAUUGUCUAUGUACCCCUUGAAUUCCUGCACGUAUUUUUCAGCCACUUUUUGGUCCGAACUGGCAGCUUCACCAUGCCUUAUCACACUAUGAAUGCCACUACACUUCUUAAAUCUCUUAAACCAACCUUUGCUGGCCUUAAAUUCACUCACAUCACUAGUUGCUGGCAUUUUUUUUAAAUUAAAUCAUCAUGCAACUUCCUAGCCUUUUCACAUGAUCGCUUGAGAGAUGCUAUCUCCUGCUAUCUGUUUCUCGUUUAUCCCCUCUUCAAGGGGGGCUCCUUGGCGUGGUGAAGAGGCUCUUGGUCUGAGGAAUUAGACCUGUCGGUCUUCUUCCUCAGACCGAACCUAAUUACCCCCCAAUCUCCCCUCCCCUAUCCCAUCCUCCCCAUCCUCCCCUUUUUCCUUUCCUCCUCCUCCUCCCCACCCCUCCCUUUUGCCCUUUCUCUUUUCAGCCUUUGGGAUUUCUCCCACAGGCACGCUAGUUCCUAGGUAGGGGAAAGGAUACUGGGUUCCAUCCCAUUCCGUUGAGGUUCUUGGCAGUGGCGUAGUUUGCCGUGGAAUCUGGAUCGCCUGGGGAUGUCCCGAUCCCUCUCCGGUAUCCCGGAGUAGCUUUGGGUGUCUUUCGGGCGACGGGUGUAUCUCUGGAAGCCACCUUUCGGAUUCCGGGGGUGGUGGCCGAAGGAGGUAUGCUUUGUGGUGGAUAUCCGGCUGCCCUCUCUUUUGUCCACCGAGGUAGCUCGGCAGAUGUGAGGUUGCUAUCCCGGAUUGUUAGUUUACUAGCAUGAUGGGUAGGGUAUGGCACGGGUUCCAUGCUGCAUCUGCGCUACUUGCGGUGCUGAGGUCCUCUUAGGUGCCGAGGGAGAUUUCUGGCCCUUUCAUUCCUCCUAGGAGCUAUCCCUCCCCGGUCCCCCCUUUUUUUAUUCUUUUUUUUAUUUUUAUUUUCUUUUCUUCUUUCUUUUUUUUUUCUUAAAAACUAAAAGAAAGAAGUAACCUAACCAUGGCAGCCCUAGUCCAUGAACCUACUACCCUCGGGCCCCUUCUUGAUACCGCACCCCGUUCUGACCCCGCCUCAUCUUUGGACCACUCUUCAGACACUCCUCAUGCCUCUGUACCUCUUGCCAGUGGUGUUUCCUCACCCGCUUCAGGUACUGAGGCCUCGACUGACUCCUUCGAUUUAUUGGACCUUUGCUCUCCUCUGACUAUGCUUCCGGCCUCUCCCUCUACGGUGCGGCAAUUUUCAAAUCACCGACCUGUUCCACGUCGGACCAACUCUGGUCCCAUGCCUAAACACCACCGACAAUUACCUGCUGAUGAUACUUCUCCACCUUCUCGUUCUUCUCAGA